ACCAUCGUAAUCCGUACUUUUGACCCGGACAAGACCUGCAUGGGAGAAGAGAGACCUUUGCGCUUCGGCAUGGUCGCACCGACUCGCAUUUGCGUUGGCUGCAGAAAGUGCGCACUAUUGGCUCGUGUGCGUUUCCCCAUCACGCCCAUUGCGUGAUACCGAAGGCGAUGGAUGGGAGGCAGAGGCAUCGAUUGGCUUUGGAAAUAAAGUUAUCUGCAGGCACGUCCCAUGGAUUUCUGAGGACUUUGGAGGACUUUCCCGGACACCGGGGUCGCGCGGUGACGGAAUCAGAAGGUUGCCAGUGUUGGGCAAGGAGCACGUGCGGGCUUGGCUGGCUCUCGCCGCUUCCCAGGGGGUCAGGGGUCGCUCCACCCGAUGAGCCUUGUGGGGCACGCGGGUGCGCAAGACGGCGGCGCAUGCAUGUGAAGAGGCAAAAGGAAACAGGAAACUUCUCGAGAAGGCGCACCCAGAAGCGAGGCAAUAAACCGCCCCUGGACCGAGAGUCGGGACCGGAACCGUCGGAUUCACGGAUAUCGGGAGGGAGGAAGGAGAGUCGAGACAGCCGCCCUUGGGGAGCCGAAAUGGGGUUUUACUGGAUGCCCGAGGCUCCAGAGUCCAGACUCCAGUUGUUCCCCGAGGAGAAUGUUGAUGUUGCCUGGGCGUACUUCGUAUUUAUCGUCGGUAUUUUAUUAUUGUUGGAUGAUUUCUCGCCCGUGCCACUUUCAUACGGCACCAUUAAAUUAACGUUAGCGGACUGCGAACAACCAUACAGUUCAACCCUUGAAUGAUCAUUAGCGCCUGACUUGAGCGACUAGUGGUCAGCCCUAGCAUUUCAGCCCUUGUCGCUUGUUCCGCACUAAUAAUCAUUCAGGGGUUGUACUGUAUAUCACUCGCUUCGCCCAGCCUAGCUCGGUGACUAAUAGGAGGUAACUACUACCUUACUAGUACCUUGUACAUCGAACUAUAUCUGAUACCUGAAAUCCGGCUCACGUUCCGUGUACAUCCCCCCAGCAGCAGGCCUGCCAUAUCCCUCCGCAAUCUUCCUCUCCUUUCCCGCCU